UCAUAAAUUAAAAUAAUGUUCUACAAAGAAAUACCAGUUGCAGGUCCUGUAAGUAUGAAGAAGACCGAGACUUUAAUGUCUGACCUGAAGUCCAAAUAUGCUGAUAAAUCUUGGAAUGAGACCGUUCAGCUGGUCCGGAGAUGUAUGGAAAAAACAAAAGGAGACGGCAGAGUUUGUGAGCCAAUCGCACAAUGCCUUCAGAAGAUCAACGAGGCGCUCAACGUGUCCUCCUUGACAGCAAUGGUGUCCAGACUAGAGAUGAUUGCCAAACAAAGAGGAUUGGCGUCACAUAUGAGCCCCACAGAGACGGUGUGUUACCUGACAGCAGACCUGUUUUACCUCGAGGUGGUGCUGCUGCCGGGGGGAAGAGUGGAAGAUGUGAGGGUGGCCCAUCACGGCGAAGCUCCUGUGUCCAGCCCAUCACUCCUCCAGUUGUUGAGGAUGAAGAACUUUCAUGAAUUCUCUCUAAAGUUGGAUGAUCUUGCCUCUUUCUACAUCAUCCCGGGAGACGGUGAUGUCAAGACUAAAAUCUACACCUGUCUUCGACACCUGGAAACCGAUCUCUUCAAAAUAUCCCAUUUACCAAGGUCUCUGAGAGAAAGUGACCUUCACGUUGACCUCAUCAUGAACGGCAGGAUUGGGAACGUCCAGCCAGGCAAAGAGGGGACCCCACUGACAAUCGAGUACUACAUUAGUCCAUUAGAUGUUCUCAUCAGGCUGUCAAACACAGGUGAGGUUAGUGUUGGCCAGAUGGCUCUGGUAACAGUGGGAAGCAGUGACGCCUCACACAGGCUGCAGAGGGCAUCUCUGAUCUCUUCUCCACCUCAGGUCGACUCUUUCGGGUUUCCAGUGUUUCAGCCGCUCACUGAAUCCUGCUCUGAAUUACUCCCUGCCACCUUUCUUCUCAAACUACAGCCACCGUUACCCAUGCUUAUGACCUUCAUAGAGAAAAUGGGCAAAAUCACAGAUGGUGUAAUAGCUGAGAAACCCCAGCAGGUGGAGCCUCUACCUCAACUUCUCUUGAACACCAGCAAAACGCUGAGCUCCAAGAUCUCCUGGACAGACGGGGUGCAGUUUGUUGUGCCAUUGCCUGCCUCUGAGUACCACAGUUAUGUGUUCCCUGGGGCCGUUUGGGGCCGAGAGUCCUGGAAAGGAGCCUUAAUUCACACAGUCCCCUUCACACACCCCGGCCACGUCCCUGCCUUACUGGAUCUCCUUCGCCAUCAGUCUGCCAUCAACCUCCUGCUGGCAAGCUGCUUCAGUAACCACAGCCAGCUCAUAGAUGCUGGCUUGCUGUAUGACCUGAGAUGUGAGAUCCUUCCAGAAUCAGACCACUGCCUUUCUGUUACAUUCAGCCUUGAUGAUAACAACCACCUGGCUGUUCUUCAGGUGACGGUGGUGGACUCUCAUCAGAUGAGCUGCAGACUUCUGAUGCCUGAUUUUGUGGAUCAUAAAUUGGACGACUACAUAUCCAGAGUCCUUACACGAUGCAUGUCCAUCCCUAUCACGAUGAGGGCCAUACGCAGGAAAGUGGCCAGCUGGAUGACUCCUCCCGUACCUGCAGCUGACCCAGAGUCCUCUGCUGUCAUGGAGAGCGAUAUAAUCCGUGCCGUCCACCCGUCUGCCUCCGUCUCCUGUGAGGCCGUUGAGGAUGAGAGCGUGGUCUCUCCUUCAGGCCGCUAUCUUAUGUCUGUUGCUGCCCCAGUGGCUGAUAAUGCGAAUACAGAUGCUGUUGCUAACCGUUCCCCCUGUGCUUCUCUGGCUGUCUGUUUACACUGGGUGACCAGUGGACUUCCUGCAGAGCUUCUAUAGGACGAGGAGAGAUUUUACUACAGAGAAGUUUAAGAGAUUUCUUACACUAUUUUAGACACAUCUUAAAUCAUUAAAUAAAAA